CAACUGUUUUUUGUUUUUUUUGGGGUCUCAAACAUGGGAAGGCACUUGGAGCGCACACUCUCUGGCGCUCAAUUUGAGGGAAGCCAUCCAGGCUGCACGUGGAGCAUAUUCCAUAUUCUUGGCUACCACCAUUGGCACUAUGUCAAAAAAAUGCUUACACACAACAAGCACAGUGGAGGAAGACAUGUUAGAUGCAAAGCAAGUCAAAAAGCAAAUUUGAAAAAGCAUGACAUUGAAGUGCAAGAACUUAUGGAUUCUGCAGCAGAACCCUUGCCGGAUUCUGCAAGCACCAAAAAAAGACCAGGAAAAGCUCGUAUAAAAGAACCAAUUGCCGAAGAGAUGACCAAAGAAGAAAAACACAGAUACUGGAAUUUAAGCCAUGCUGCUAGAAUAUGGUUGAGGAGAAUUAUUCCAGCCCAUCAUCAUUUAGAGCAUUCAGACAAAUCUCUUGGUGAAAUACACACUGAUGGGGAAAAUCCAACCAUUCUCCUUCAAAAAAGUGCUGACACUUCUUCCACUGGAUUGCAAGUUUUUCCUGAAAAAUGUGACACAGGAUUGGAAGAAACUGACCAGCUGAAGGGAGAUGUUUCUAACAACCAGUUUAAGGAGUGUGUUGAUGCUCUGGAGGUAUUUAAGGUAAACAAGGAAUAUUUUCUAAAGAUUCUACAAGAGCCAAACAUUGGGACCAAGCAUUUCCAGAGUCUGCAGAAUUCCAAUCCCAAAGCCAGAUUAACCAAGUCUGUGUCAUAUCCUGCACCAAAUUCACAACCCGCAAAAAAUAUUAGGCCUAGAACUGUCAAACACAAGCAAAAUGAAAGUUGGUCCUUCCCAAAAGGUGAAAAAUUGGUUCCUGCUUCCCAAGCACCUGAGUUUGGUGCAUCCAAAUCUCAGAAGGAAUAUCAUUUGAAGUCAAUGCCUUUCAUGGCCGACAAUAAUAGUAUAGGAAGCUUGGAUUCGUCCCAGGGAUUAAGUCACCAAGGGUGGAAUCAACAGGUUAUUAAUCGUUUCAAAGAAAUCAAGCAGAGAAUAAAGCAUGUGCUCAAGGAGAACAGGACAGAAAGUAACCACACAUCUACCGAAGCAGUUCUUGAAAGAGAUCCUUCUGGAAAAGAGAUGCCUAAAAGGCCAGAGAUUUCUGAUUAUGAUAUCAGCAGGGGAAGACCAGACUGCAUACAAAGAGCAUCCUCUCUUAACGAGUCUCUGGGUAGAUAUACUGAGUUGUUUGAGCGCAGUUUUGGGGGAGAGACCAAGUGGCUUCACUCUAAGAGCCUAAAGUUGACAAACGAAAGUAAAAUUCCACCAAGUGGGAGUGCUCCAAAGCCCUUUAGAAGGAGACUCUCUCUGCCUGAUCUUGAUGCUUUGUGUUCCUUUCUAAAUGAGGCGCCUAGUGAUGCUCUAAGCUCAGAGAUGCAUGCAAUUGAACCAAUACAUGCUGAUCUAGAGACUGAAUUUCAGAAAGAUAUCCAAUCUUCAGAAAAUCUAAUGGCGGGUGGAAAUUAUGAGGGAACUGCAACUGGGGAAAGCAUUCUUCACCAAGAUCAGAAGAUUGGUUUGACAAUGAGCCUCAGCAGAGAGCUUGAAGAUCCUUGUACAGAGCUGGCAGAACCAAGUCCAGUUUCUGAUCUUGAAACUUUCUUUCCAGAUGAUAUAACCAGCAUUGCAGAGCUUCCAAUUUAUGAAGGUCUGGGGUUAAAUCCUAGGGGCUCUCAAAUAGACGAGCCAGAUACUUCUGCUCACCACCAAACCAAGUCCAGCACAGACUCUUUACCAGCUGAGAGUGUUGAAAAUCAUUUCCUGCAUUUUCAUUUGGAUGAUGCUGACUUCAACUAUGUGAGACUUGUUCUUGAGCUGUCAGGCUUCAACAAAACCGACCACCUUGGAACAUGGUACUCACUAGACCAGCCACUGUCUCCUUCAUUGUUCAAGGAACUGGAGGCUUUGCUUCACCCUCAACUUGAAGACUAUGGAGAGGAAAUUGAUGGGAGUUGUGAUGAUCACAAGCUUCUGUUUGAUUUAAUCAAUGAUACACUCCUUGAGGUUUAUGAGAGAUCAUUCACCUACUUCCCAAAGGCCUUCUCCUUCAAUCACCAGAUCCGUCCAAUGCCAAAGGGGCACCAUCUUCUUGAGGAGGUCUGGGAAAGACUUGGCUGGCACCUGAGCUUGAGGCCAGAGCUGGACCAGUCAUUGGAUGACGUUGUGGCUCGAGACAUGACAAAGGGUGAUGGUUGGAUGAAGCUCCAGUUUGAUAAUGAGUGUGUGGCGCUUGAGCUAGAGGAUUUGAUAUUCGACCAACUCUUAGAUGAACUUAUUUGUUCCUGAAUCCUGAGAUUGUUGAGCCUCCUGCAUCUGCAUGCAGCCUUGUAUGUAAAAGUUUUGUUUGCAGUAUAUUAUUGUAUAUAUAUACUUAGAAAAUUCUUGUAUCAAUUGUUACG